AUGUACUUUGGCCAACCGGAUAAGGUCCCGGAGGACUUCGCGACUACCGGUUAUCCUGUACCGACUCUCACUAACCCCGCCAAGCAUGUCAUGAACUUGGUCAAUAAGAACUUCCCUGGUCACGGCGAUGUCGAAGCACUCGUCGAGCGUCAUAACACAAAAGCGAAGAAAGAUGAGGCAGUAUUCCCCAGGGACGAUGCAGUGUUCCUCGUUUGA